AUGGUGCAUGAAAAGCGGCUGACGCCGAGAAAGAAACGGAUCUUGUACUUUUUGAAGUUAGGGGGACGUGAUAUUACCAAUAGAACAUAUGUAAUUUUGAGGCGCCUAAUAUAUAGCUAUUUGGCAGUUAGCUACAAUUAUUUGGGAACUAGACAAGAGAAGAAACCAUUCAAAACUCCACUUCUCAACAAGGUUGUAAUAAGGGCUGUUCUUUCUAGCACCAAUGCUACCAAAAAAGAGGUGUGA